UUUUUUUAGAAGAAAACAAAUAACUUGUCACAUUCAUUUAGCAAGAACCCUCCACUUGUAUGAUGCCAUCAUUAUCUUCAUCACAAUAAUUAUCCAUCCUCAUCAUCAUCUAUGGCGCCGGUGAAGAGGAGGGUGUUCAAGACAAAGAAUGAAAUAGCGGUGGAGCUGGCGAAAUACAUAGCUGAUCUCUCUUCCAAAUUCUGCAAAGAAAGAGGAGUUUUCACCGUGGUUCUAUCCGGGGGCGACCUCAUCUCCUGGCUCUGGAAAUUGUUAGGAGCUCCUUAUAUUGAUUCAGUUGAGUGGUCUAAGUGGCACAUCUUUUGGGUCGACGAGAGGGUUUGUGCUUGGGAUCAUGCGGAUAGCAAUUAUAAGCUCGCUUACGAUGGUUUUCUCUCCAAGGUUCCGAUUCCAGCUGAAAACAUCUACGCUAUCGACAACGGACUCGGAGCCGAAGGCAACGCGGAGCUCGCUGCUGAACGGUACGAGGAGUGCCUCAAACAAAAGGUGAACCAGAACAUAAUCCGAACAUACAAAUCUUCUGGUUUUCCACAGUUCGAUCUUCAGCUUCUAGGAAUGGGACCUGACGGUCACAUGGCGUCUCUAUUCCCGGGACAUGAUCAGAUCAAUGAAAAAGUGAAAUGGGUCACAUGGAUAACUGAUUCACCUAAGCCGCCACCAAAAAGGAUCACGUUCACGUUACCGGUUAUCAAUUGUGCUUCUUACAAUGUUAUGGCCGUAUGUGAUCAAGAACAGGCUGAUUCGGUUGCGGCUGCUCUUAAUCAUACCAAGAACUUACCAGCUGGUAGACUAACCGCUGAUGUUGAAGUCGUCUGGUUCCUUGACCACGCUGCUGCGUCUAAACUCCCUAAUGGCUGGUGCUCCAUCCUUUGAUUUAUUUGUCUUAUUAAAUGAAUCGGUUUGGUAUGGCUAGUUUUUUAACCGCUUAUUGAUUUUAAUUAUUGUGCAUGUAUAUGUACUAAUUGGAUUCGAAUCUAUUGCUUAUUUAAUUUACAAAUUUUUCUCUUCU